AUGGCAGACAGCGGUUUAUUAAAAGAAAUCCUGGACUCCUUGAAUGACCCAGACACCGUGCAGUUGUUUGCUACAGUUAAUGGUCUUACUGGUGAUGCCGAGGUCGAGAACAGAUUAAGGGAGCUCCAGUGGGAAAAGCACAUCGAUGACUUAUGGCAGGAGGUUCUUUCCGAGAUGGAAUCCCCAACUAAAAAAAUUAGACCAUCCCAAGAGGAUGGCGAUCAACCCUCUACGAGUGGGCAGUCGGGGGGUGGGGGGAGUUCCGAGGACCCAUUAGAAAAACCCUAUUUCAUUUGGAAGAGAGACACUCGAACAUUUAAGAAAAACUUGGCCCGCGACACCACGUUUAAGGUCAAAUUUAACGAGCAGUGGAAGGGGGAUAAAUUGUUAGAUAUACAUAACAAGUUGCACGAUAUGUUCGACGACCUGUUGUCAGAGGCCCGGGGUCACGAUGCGGAUCUGGGAAGGGUGGUCAUCAGUCAUUCGAGUUUAAACAAUCCGAUCGUCGUGCCGCUACAAUCCUGGGAAAAUCUGAAUGCAGAUGUCGUCCUGUCCGAGAUCACCAAAGUACUUAAUUCGAACGAAAGCUUGUCCGUGGACGAAAAUCUGUUGAUCACCAUAGGGUCCAUCGAUUUGCCCAAAGGGGGAGGUAACCCUAGAAAAUUACCCAUCACGUCUCUCUUUGGUCCUAAAAAUAGCGUAGAAAGAAAGAGAUCGCUUUUUCACGUACAAAAUGAUAACAACGUAUGUAUGGCCAUUUCCAUUGGUCUCUGUUACCUGAAAACGUGUGAAAAAGUAGAUGCUGUUACGUGGACAAAUUUAGUGGGGAAAGAUGCCGGAACAAUGUUCGACCAUAUCAUCAAGCACCGUACUGUUACUCGAUCCUAUUACAACAAUAUCUUGAAAACCUCGAGAAAAAAAAUGCAAACGGAGUUGGCGAUGUGGCUGUGUGAAAGAGCCGGAGUUCCUACUGACAGAUAUUUAGGUUUGAACGACAUCGAACCAUUCGAAACCUUACUUGGUGUCUGUAUCAACGUUGUGUCCUCAAGAGUAGGGAAUAAAUUUGUCAGGGUGACGGAGGACGAGGACAAGCCACGUCUGUAUUUAUAUCACGUGGACACAGAAACUGAAAAACACUGGCACGGGAUUGCCAGCAUACAAGGCUUUUUUAAGGCAUCGUAUUUUUGCCAUACUUGUUUAAAACCGUAUAAUGAUAAAUCCAAACACACGUGUACCACCUCGUGUGAGGUUUGCUUACAUGACCACUGUCCAGAAACAAAUGUCCAAAUAGGUUGUCGAACCUGUGGACGGGUCUGUCGUUCCGUGGCGUGUUUUAAACGUCAUAAAAAACAAAGAGUCGUCAAGAAAGAGAGUUAUCCUCCUCCUUGCGAACUGUUUCACCAAUGUAAAAAAUGUAGGGUCAUUCUACAUUGCUGUAAACGCUCUCCCGACUUGCACGUUUGUCAAGAAUGGCAGUGCCCUAACUGUCUAGAAUAUCAAAUAGGAGAACAUCAUUGUUAUCAAAAACCGUGUGGAUGUGAUUUAGAAAAAAGAGACAAAAAAUUUAUUUUCUACGAUUUUGAGACGCGUCAAGAGGACAUCUUUCAUUGCGAGCAAGGGUAUCGACCGUCUUGCAUCAGAUGCGACCAAUGUGUCAAAAAAGAACGCCAGUGUGUAGACUGUAGACUCUGUCAGAACUGUCGUGAUCCGUCCUGUGGUCUACAACAACACAAAGUCAACUUUGCCGUGCUGCAGACCACCUGUCACAUAUGUGAGAAAAGGGAACUGGUGGAGGGCGCCUCCUGUAAUUACUGCGGAACACGGUGUGAGCAAUGCUCCCGAACCCAUAAAGGUGAAUAUGUGAACCCCCCUUGUCCCGACACUUGUGGAAAAAGGGAAGUGGUGUUUUCUGGCGACAACGCCGCCGAGCAGUUCUGUGCUUUCGUCACCAGUGAACAUUGUAAAAAUUCGAUCUUGAUUGCCCACAAUGCCAAAAGUUUCGACUUGUAUCCGGUUUUAGAAGUGCUCAUAGACCGUCACUCUAUUCGACCUAGCAAGAUCAUUUACAACGGUUCUAAAAUCAUGUACAUGCACAUUGCGCACAAAUUAAAUUUGACUUUUGUGGAUUCCCUCAAUUUCCUGCCCAUGAAGCUUGCCAAAAUACCAGAUGCCUUCGGUCUACAGGAACUCUGUAAGGGAUACUUUCCCCAUUUAUUUAAUACUAAAGCCAAUCAAAACUACGUGGGGCCGUAUCCAAAGUUGAAGUACUACGGAUACGAUUUCAUGUCGGCCGGGGAGCGGAAAAAGCUUGCCGAAUGGCAUGCAACGAAACGAGACGAAACCUUUAACUUUCGAGAAGAAAUGUUGCAAUAUUGUCGCUCGGACGUUGAUAUAUUGAGGCGGGGGUGUCUAGAAUUUAGAAACUUGGUGAUCAAGGUGACAACUCUAACAGAGGAAACGGUUCAAGCAAACGGAAUCAUCAAGAAAACGAGCUCGGGUGGAGUCGACCCCUUUGAUUUUGUCACCAUUGCAAGUGUCUGCAUGGGGAUAUUCAAGUCGCUCUUUUUGAAGGGAAAAAGUAAAAUAGAAAUCACCAAAGAUGGUGAAUCGGAUUUGUACGACAUUCGUCAUCAUAAGAGUUUAGAGGGGGUCCAUCUCGGUGAUUCUUGGACGUCUCUCGUCGAUUUAAGAAAGGACGACAAUGUACAGAUAGGAAAACGACAUUUCAAAAGUCCCGUGGCAGUAGUACCAUCUCAAGGAUACACGAAGCGCGACAAUUACAGCAAAAUUUCCAUCCAGUGGCUGGAGUGGUUGAUGGAAAAAAGUCGUCAGCGGGGUAACCCCAUUGUCAUUUCCCACGCUCUCAACGGUGGUGAAUUCCAAGUGCCAGGGACCAAUUACAGAUGUGACGGGUUUGUCAAGAUUCCUGGCGGAAACGGAACCAUUUAUGAAUUCUAUGGUUGUGUAUUCCACGGUUGUCCCAACUGUUUCCCAGACGAUAGGAAUACCAUCAAACACCCGUCUACCAAUCAGACCAUCAAAGAAUUGUACGACAUGACCAAACACAGAGAAAAGGAAUUGAAAAAUCUGGGAUACAAAUUGGUCAUUGUGUGGGAGCAUCAAUUUAAAUUUCAAUUGGAGAAGAAUGUAGCUUUGCAACAAUUCGUGUCCACCCUAGAUCUCCAAGACAGACUCGACCCACGUGACAGUUUUUUCGGUGGUCGCACCAAUGCCAUCAAACUGCAUUAUAAAGCUGCAGAAGACGAAACAAUCCAAUAUUUCGAUUUUACCAGUCUCUAUCCCUGGACCAACAAGUAUUGUCGGUAUCCCGUCGGCCAUCCGACCAUCAUAACGGACGAUUUUCAGGACUUGUCGCAAUAUUUUGGACUGGCUAAAAUAAAAAUUCUCCCCCCUAGAAAACUUUAUCAUCCCGUACUUCCAUACAAUUCGAAUGGAAAAUUGAAGUUCCCACUUUGUAAAACGUGUGCAGACAGUGAAAAUCAAAAUGAAUGUACAUGCUCUGUUGAAGAGAGAUCCAUCACGGGCACGUGGUGUACUCCUGAAAUUCAAAUGGCAACGUCAAAAGGGUACGAAAUCUUGAAAAUCUAUGAAGUUUAUCAUUUUGCCGAGUCUUCCAAAUACGAUGUCGAGUCGUGUGAGGGGGGAUUAUUCGCUCAGUAUGUGAACAUGUUUUUAAAAAUAAAACAGGAGGCUUCCGGAUUUCCGGCCGAAUGCGACACGGAAGAGACCAAAAGAAAAUACAUUAGGGAAUACAAAGAAAACGAAGGUAUCCAAUUAGAGUAUGAAAAAAUUAAAAAAAAUCCCGGUUUGCGAUGUUUAGCGAAACUUUGUCUGAAUAGCUUUUGGGGGAAAUUUGGUCAGAGGUUGGGCAUGCAACAAUCCGUGUUCAUUCACGAAUCGGAAGCCGAAAAUUUUUUUCAAAUGCUCUCAGAUCCUACAAAAGUACCACACAACUUUCACAUUGUUUCGAGAGACAUUCUUCAAUUAGAAUGGAGUAACAACCCCCUAUUCGCGUCAUUCGACAAUAAAACUAAUAUAUUCUUGGCCUCUUUUACCACCAUGUGGGCUCGACUGAAAUUGUAUGGCGUUCUCGACAAAUUAAACGAGAACGUCUUGUAUUUCGAUACAGACAGUGUCAUCUUCAAGACAAAAAAGUCGGACAACUUGAAUUAUCUCCCCAUAGGUAAUCACCUGGGAGAAUUGACUAAUGAAAUCUCUCCACAAGACGGGUACAUUGUCGAAUUCGUUUCUGGGGGUCCUAAAAACUACGCUUACCGCACACUGUCGGGAAAAGAAGAAUGCAAAGUUAGAGGGUUUACACUUAACUGGGCCAACUCGAAACUUAUCAAUUUCCAGGCUAUCAAGUCGAUAAUCUGUACCUCACACGACCGACAAAUUGAAAUUGUCAACCCUUGUAAAAUAUCGAGAGACAGCAGAAAGCGAAAAUUGUUAAAUAGGGUUGAAACUAAAAAUUAUAAGAUGGUUUACACUAAAAGGAGAAUUCUUCCUAAUUUAGACACGUUGCCAUUUGGAUUUUGAUUAUAAAACGAAAUAUUUUGACGUUUUUGUUUUUUUUAUUGAAUGAUAAAUACACAAAUAAAAUGAUAAAAGACA